CCCCAACCAGCCCUCUCCCUCUUGUGUGUGUCUCUUGGCUGAUGAGUUUGUCUCUUUGUCUGGAUUCAGUCAGACACUGCGUCACCUCCUGCCUACAGACACACAGACUCAGAGAUAACAUCGCAGUGCUAGAGACUGAGGGAGUGAGGAGGGUGGGUAGUGGUGAUGGUGGCGGCGGGGGGGAGCAAGGAGAGACAGAUGUACAGACAGAACCGUAGCGGUGGGGGGAUGGGUAUCUCUCACACAUCAAUCAUUGGCUAUGCGCCGAGAAGCCAGCCUGUUGUAGUAGUUCACAGUUCAAUACUCGGACCCACUCUAACGAAUGCUUGGAUUUCUGUGGGAAAAGUGCCCAAACUGUGUUCACAUACCAACUUCUCACAAGUAGCCAAAUGACUAGCUUUAAGAUUAUACUUCUGUCUUGCUCACACACACAAUAAAAGAGAAAGUGUGUGUCUGUGCACCGUGCACAGUACCUCAGGAUUGUGAUGAAUGCUGUAAUUACUUCUGCCAGUCUCAGGUAACUGAAGUCAGGAUCUCUCUCUCCCAUCUUCUGAUCUGUGUAAAUGGAGAGGGAGCACACAAGGGAAGAAAAUUGGAUUUUAAGCUAUCAUUAAUUUUCGCUAUCUCAAGUGGUGAUGUUCCUAUGUGUGAAUGCCAGAGGAGUUUUCACCAAGACUGCAUCCAAAGGAGCAGUGCUGGCAGUUGAAUGAGCGUUUGCGGAGUCCAGUGUAAUAAGAAGAAAAGUGAAGGGAUUGCAUCGCAUCCUGCAGCCAAAAAGAGCCGCUGUGUACAAUAAAGUGUGGCAUCGCGGCAAGUGAAAUGAGCUACAUAUGGGCUGUCAUGGUGCAAAGCUUUAUCCUCCCCCUCGGAGCUGAUGGUAAAGAUAUAGAAGUAGACAGAGCUCCAUAUAUAAGCUGGGAGGACAGAGGGCGAGCCAGGCUGUUCAGUGUGUGGGUGGUACUGAAGGAGAGAGAGAGAAACGGAGCAGCUAGGCAGUUAGCUGGAGGAUAACAGUGCAGGCUGCUACCCCCGUGGGACUGCAGCAUGGCUGUCGGAACAGCUAGCAUGUAUCUGUGAUUGUAUAUGUGUGUAAAAAUAGUGGGGGUUGGGAUGCAAAUGAAGUAAAUGUGCAUGCAUAUAUGCAACUGGGCUUGUCUCGCUGCUUUUGUAUGAAUCCUGCUGCUUGUUGUAUACGUCAUAUAAAACCAGAUGAAUCUGCUAAGAAGUUCUUCUCAAGCUGAUCGAGCCCCCAGAGUGCUAAGAAAAAGGUAGAAUGGUUUCAAUAAUUUACUCUCUGGGACAGCUUUCUAUCAGUUUUGCUCUGAUUAUAGGUUUUGUUUUCAUUAGCGUGUUAUAUUUCUGCAAUAAUCUCAAGAUUUUUUAAUUGUAAUUGGAUGGCGUGAUCCACAUUAAGUGUGAUCAAACCAUGGAACUUCAGCGAUAGGUGAAACCACUUCUAUUAAAAGAUUUAAAGAUUUAUACCUUCUUGUGAUACACUACAGUAGCGGAUGCUGUAAUGAAGUUGCUAUGGAGAUAAAGCUUUCAUAUGCCGGGUACAAUGUAUGGGUAGAGACAGUUGCUCAGAAUCGUUUUCUUUUUGUGCCCAAGGCAGGACAAAAUUUCAAGGUAUACCUAUAAAAGAAGCCUCAUUUGGAAUAUCAUCAGUUCUUCUGAUUGUGCAGUCAGAUGAAGAUAUUUUUGAGCAAAAAGCCUUCAGUUCUUUUUGUGCUUCACUAUAGGCUGCACUAAACUCAUCAGAUUCUGUCAUACACAAUCCAACAGGCAGUCUUGUUGUCCCUGGUUCUGAUCCAGCAUCUGCUGAAGUGGAGAUUUCUCUCUGAAGUUAUGUCAGGAUUCCAGGGCCAUUCCACACUUCAACCAUCACAGGACUCCAGCACACUAUUAACAUGGAUGGCAGAGACGAAUUCACAGAGGACAGUGAAUGCUGCAGCAACAACUCCCAGGAAGUCCAAGGGCAGGAUAGCUUCUCAGAAGACAGCGAUAGUGACCCAGAAAACCACGGCGAAGACUCGUCCUCCAACACCUCUGCUGACGACCACAUGACCACCAAGAGAACACAGUGUCUCCUACAAGGAGCAGGAGUCAAAGAGGAGAGCGAGGAAGGGGGAGAGCACAGCAACAACUUUGUUUGUCCUCUCUGCCCGCUGGAUUUCAGCAGCCCAGAUAAGCUCAUCUCCCAUGUCUACCAGCACACGACUAUGAUGAGCAACACCAAGAGCUAUGUGUGCCCAGUGUGUGGGCGAGCCCUGAGUUCGCCCGGCUCACUUGGACGCCAUCUUCUCAUCCACUCCGAGGACCGCCUCUCCAACUGCGCUGUCUGUGGUGCACGCUUCACAGACACCAACAACUUUAACAGGGAGAAGCUUAAAGAAGUCCUCGACACAACUAGGAUGGAUUUUACUGGGGGAAGGGACACCAGUUCCAUGUCCCAGUCCCUCUCGAGCAGCCCCAUGAGCAGCCCGGGCCCCUGCACUGACUCUUGCCAUGGACCGGGCCCCAGUCCCAGUUCGUGUCAGGGUCCUUGCCUGUGUCAAGCAACUAACCCCAAUCCCAACCUAUGUCAAGCCCAACGUUCCUGCCAGGGGCAGGGUCAUAUCUCAAGCCAGUGUCAAGGCCCCAGACCAUGUCAUGGCCCUGGGCCAGGAUCAGGACCGUGCACAGACCAGGGACCCGCAUUUCCCUCACUGCCCGAUAGUCUCCUCUCUGAAGGGCCAUCCCUCGCCUCAAUCCCUGAUGCACUCAACUCCUCCUCUUCAGGCCUUCCUCCUAUCCCUGAUAUCCUGAGCCCUAUGCCAGUGUAUCCUGCCGGAGUGCUGCUGGUGUGCAACAGCUGUGUGGCUUAUCAGCAGCUAGUGGCGGCCCAGUCACCGAUGCGAAAAUGGGCUCUGCGUCGGAAGAACGAGCCCUUAGAGGCCCGACUGCAGCGUCUGGAGCGUGAGCGCACGGCAAAGAAGAACAAGCGGGCGUGUGAGACAGAAGAAGAGAGGGAGCUGAGGCGGCUGCGGGACCGCGAGGCCAAGCGCAUGCAGAGGAUGCAGGAAACGGAGGAGCAGCGGGCACGCAGGCUGCAGAGGGACAGGGAGGCCAUGCGAUUAAAGAGGGCCAACGAGACACCAGAGAAGAGGCAGGCCAGGCUGAUCCGCGAGAGGGAGGCAAAGAGGAUCAAGCGACGGCUGGACAAGAUUGACCCUGCUCUGAGGACACAGAUAGAGCACGAUCCUGCAGCCAUGGCUGCCCUCACAGCAGACAUGAGUCUCUUCCAGUUUCCCUGCCCUAUGCCUGUCCCCUCCAUUGAUAAUGGUCUAUUCAUGAAGCUGCCCUAGUGGGUCCAGGCCAAUCGGGUGAGGGCAGAAUCCAGUUGGCUUCUCGCAGCAUCAUUAACCUCUGCACUGCGCCAUCAGGCUGCCUGUUCACAGAGAACCAUUCCUAGCUGGUUUCCUCUCAGCUCGAUCUGCGUCGAACAGCUUCGCACACAAGCUGCUUUGUUAAAUACAACAAAAACUUCUUCAACGUCUUUUUUUAAACAGCCUAGAAAACCUUGGGAACAGGGAUGAGAAUGUUUCUUAUUGUAUGGAUGAUGACAUAAGAGCAUGUUGUAAAGAGAUUUUAUCUGUUGCGUCAGUGGACUAGCAGAUUUAACACAGUUCAUACUCAUAGGAGCAGUUACACUUCCUUUGAGGGGACAAAAAAAAAAUCAUUUGCACAUGGACCUUCAGUGACAGGAGAGGGGACUUUGUAGCCACAGUCCCCUCUCCUUUCUGGUCCACUCCGCCAGCCCAGUGACUCUGAUUUCCAGGUAGCUACACCUCUCUUCAAGCUGCUACCAUGGGUCCCUGGGAAGUUCGUGUUCAGUCAAACUACUACCUCAGCUGGCGCCGUGGACGCGCCCUCUGUCCUGUGGCUUACUGCGUUCCAACUCCAAGCUUCCAAAGCUCUAUAUGUACUGUACACUACUACCGAGGAUGCAGGUCAUUUUUGUUUGUUUGCUUUACAUUGUUAUGUUUGUAUUGAUCAUUCAGGCACUUUAAUAGGACACACACAUUCACAAGUGAUUUUAAAAACAAGAGGCGUUAUAGAUUCUGACAUAAAGUUUGAAUGAAUGUCCUAUUGAACGUGUUCAGUGUUGAGCUACAUUCCUCUUAUUUCUGAGUUUUACAUCUCAAUGCAGUACAUUUUUUGUACAUUCUCUUUGCCAAGAUACGACUCUCGCGUCUUUACGCUCCGAACAUUUUUGCCAAUGUCAUUUAUAUUUUGACUUUCUUUUACAGAGGUUUUCUCUGGCUCUUAAAAAACAACAAAAAAGUAAAGUCAUAAAGUCUGUGCUGCUGUUAUUGUACUGUAAAAUACAUUAGUUACCUCUUAUAUGUUUGGGCUCAUUGCAUUGAGGAAUAUUCUAUUCCUGUAAGUGGUUGCAAAGAAACAGUACACAACAUGUUACCCGUUGACCUCAGAAUUUGUCGCAUUACUUGAAUUCUGCCCUAAAAGAUGCAUUUGUUUUCCUCAUGAGCGGGUUCCGACACCGUGGGUUUUUACCGUCAUACGGGAAAUCGUACAUAGAUAAUGCAACCUCUGCUUUGUGCAAUUUGUGUAGCAUCCACAUGUAUUGUAAGGCUGCAGUACCUUCAAGAUGUGUAAACAGUACCACUUAAAUUAUGUUUUAUAUCUGCAAGUCACUUUUAUGGAGUCACAUGACAAGUGGAAAUUGUUCUAAACACUUUUUUUGUUUGUUUCCUUCAUCUGUUACUGAGCACUGGGGCUAACUUCACGGCACAUACAGCCCAUACCAGGAGAUUCAUUAACCUCAUUCCAGCACAUAUUUAUGCAAUAUGAUGUGAAUAUAUAUAUAUAUAUCUGUAUUUUUUUUUCUUGUAAAAGUGUUUUGAGGUGUUUUGUUGAUUUACAAAAUGUUAAAAUUAGAGGCCAUGGUUGGAUAACCCUUGUUUAAUUUCCUGCCUGUUACCUCCACUUCUUGUCUUUGCUUAUCCAGAUGGAAACAUUUAACAGUGUCAAAUGAGCAGUUUCAGAAGUACUCUUUAAAGAAGAACGAGCAGCGGUUCUGUUUGAGUCACUCCUAGACGAGCCGCAACCCACCUGGCUGUUAGUUCCAGCAGGUUUAAUGAAGAAAAAACAAAAGACAAAAAAAUUAAAGGGAGUUUUGGUUUUAUCCUCAGAGGCUUUUUUCUAGGAGUGCAUCAAACCUCUAUGCAACAGAUGUUAUUUAUUAAAGGAAAUUAAUUCACUUUUCACUGAAACUAUGCAGAAUGCGACCUCAAUUUUAAACAGACUUCAAAGCAAACAGUUCAGCUACUCAGGCAGUUUAACUCAGAGGGCUCAGGGCCUGGAUACGGCACCCCAGCCCAUAAGAAUCAUUUGUAGACCUGUCAUGCAAACAGAAGUUUUAGGCAGUUUUGGGACUUUUAGUAGAGACAUUUUUGUCUUUUUUUGAGAGAUGUUUCCUCUUCCUAGUUCAGCACAAAAAGCAACAGGGUUUCACUGCCAUCCUUCUCAUUAUACACUCUACCAAGGGCAGAUCAGUGUUCUCAACAAAGGCUUCAGGUGUCGUCUCUUUCUCUCAGAAUAUGAAUACUGGGUAUUCUCAGAGGUUGCUCUUUGAAAUUGCUGUGACCCUGUUUGUCCUACAACUUCACUUACUAGUUGAAAGGACGUUCUGUGGACUCUGACGCGGCGCUGUUCUUUGGCAGCAGCGCUCUCUCAGUGUGGAUUAGGUAAAAACACUGCAUGUCCUGAAACUGCACUCGUCCUAGAAUGGUUCAACAUGAGCUUGUGUUCUGUUUGUUUAUGCCUGCCUGUUUUUUACAGUUUAAUCGAAAAAUGUUUCAAGAUGUUGGCCUUUCUAUAUUCUAUCAGGAUUUUCUCUCAAUGUCCAUGUUUACAAAAGAAGUCUUUCUGAUCAAGGCCAAAUGAAUGAGCUAAACUGCUAAUGACAACAUGCUAGUUGUGAUAUCAAUGCAUUCUGACUGGAUGGCACUUUGAGGGACGCCAUCCUCUGUUACUGGAAUAACAGAUGUACAGACCGUGACGAAACCUGGAUAAGAAUGUGGAAAUAAACAUUGAAUUUAUUAUGUUGGUUUGGAGCAUUGUUUACAUUUUUUGCAUUGUUUUUUUUUUUCCUACAAAGCACUGCAUAAGAUCAGUUCGGUUGUUUCCAAACCUUGAGCCCCUGCAGCCCAUUGUCUUCAUUAAUCAUUAACAAGGGGAAGCAUUUAGGUUUCAAGAAUCAAACUAAAGUAAAAGCACAAUCUCACCUGCAAAUUGUGUUUAUACAUGAAUCAUUAGUUCAACUUAAACUCGCUGCAUUACCACCCUGGUCAUUCAUUGUUUUAGCUGAAGUGGCUUUGUCCUCCCAGGAGAACUUGACCCCUAUUUUUAGAUACACUGGGUUAAUUGGCAAUUCUAAAUUGUCUGUAAGUGCUAAUAGUUGUAAAGGUUAAUAGCUUAAACUUUAAGCACAGAGUGAGAUCAUCACUGAGUGCCAAACUUAAAAAAUGUAGGUCUACGCACGUAUCCUCAUAACAACUCAGGACUUUAGUGGGCACCAUGCACGCUUAGACUGAAAUUCAUAAACAUUAUGGUGGACAGGGUAGUAUUUGACACUGACAUCAAAAGAGCCAGCUAUGAUAUACUCCCCAAGACCAUCAGGAAAUGAUGAAACACAAACGAGAAAUGUCCUGCAAAAUAACAGACAUAAUAAAAGGAGAAACAAAUUUCAGGACCUAUUGUGAUAUACUAUGUGAGGUAACCAGUGCAAGUACCAAAUGCGCUCAAAUCCCAAAUAACUAGAUUACAUAAUAGGGUUACCUGUGUGCAUUUUACUUUGGACAGCUGUGUACAGAUGUGUAUCUUCUGAAUGUUUCCAUUUACUGAAAGUAAAUUGAUACAUUUUAUACAAUUUGGCUUAUAACACAUAUAAAACUAAGCUAACACUGUGUAACAAUGUGACAUGAGCACUUUUGUUCAGCAGCUCUUAUUGUAUACUACUAUAUUUACCAGCUAUACAUUACAGGUCAAGAUGUGACAAUCAACUUGUAAAAUGGGUUAUUCACAAGCAGCAAAAUAUAAAGUAGAUAAAAUAACCUCCCUCUAAAGUGGGUGUAGCUUGUGUAGAACCAGUGUGCACCCACUUCUUAAAGCUGGUCAUGAAAGCUGUAUGCUCUGAAAAAAGAACAGUUUAAAAAAAAAAAGCCACGAGUUACCAUAACAUUCAUGGCCAUGAUGGGAUGAGUGCGUGUAAACCUCUGACCACAACUAUGAUUAAAAGCAUUUUUUCACCAAAAGGACUAUAUAUAUAUAUUAUAUACCGUAUAAUCCUCUGAGAAGAUCUUUUAUAUACUAUUGUAGGUGUAUAGAACCUACAAUAAAGAAACUGAAGCCACCAGUUUCUCUAAAAUAAUAAAUGCACAACAGGACUAAGAAUCACAGCACACAAGUUGGAUAAUUGUUUAUAUUUAUAUUUGUAUAUAUAUUUAUAUAUAUAUAUUAUAUUGUGUUUACUUAACAAACAUGAUAAAUGCAAUGUCUCCAAGUUAGCUGUAACAAUAAAAAUACAAUAUCUUUGUGUCCUUAAAGUACAUAGAAUUAAAACAGCAAAACAAAUCAAAACAAACAAACAAAAAAACCGCUCUAAGUAGUUCACAGAGAGGUACAAAUAUACAGUACAAAUCUAUUUUAUUCAAAAAGGAUACAAAUAAAAACGCAACAAAAUAGAGAUAGUAAUGCUUUGUUAAAGUCAGGUAGGUGUAGGAUAUUCUAAGGGAGCACUUUGGGUCGACAACUCUAAGGCUUCUGAUUAAGAUCAAUACAUAUUGGUACGGCCAUACGAUAUUAAAACUCACUAUACAAAGUUCAUACAACCUGGAUUAUACUUGAGGAUUGAAUGUUACAUUUUACAUAAUUGCAUAUAUUUUGCAGAUUUAGGCAUUUAAAAAGAUGCUGUUUUUUGUUUUGUUUUUAGUUAUGCGUCACAUAAAAAGCAGUGUCACCGUGUGCAGAAGGGAAAAAAAAAAUAGUACAAAGUCAUAUCUGAAAAUACACAGACUUUUUAAAACUUUUAACCGUUCUCAUUUCUCCUGAUUUAAUUCGACAUCAGCGGCACCAAAACCGUCCUAAAUUCACCUUUGCAAUACUGGAUCAACAGGAAGUAGUUCACAUAGAAAUCCCAUCGAGCAACGCCACAAAACAUUGAAGAGGAAAAAAAAAAUAGUCACAUUACCACCGAUAGAAAAGUUUUGGCUUUAUGCAGCCUUUCUCGCUUAUCCAAACCCGCCUCUGCUGUUCAGACUGUCAGAGCACAAAACACCAAACACCACCCAUUAAUUUCUAAGGAGGAAAGAAAAAAAAAAAACCUACAAAUUCUGUGCAACAACAAUAAAAACAACUGUGCAUCUGUCUAUGCAUGUGAGGAAUUAAUAGAUUGCCCUCCUUUUGCUGUCUUGUGUACAAAAAAGUGCAGAGAAAAGCCUCCUUUCCAUUCCCACAUACUGGAAAAAAAAAAAAAAAGGAUCUGAAUGUUAAAUAUGAGCC